UGACAAUUCAUCAAUGGUCGACCCAAAGUUACAGUACAAAAAUAAAAUUGAUUCAUUUGUUGUGACUAUCGAUGGUUCUGUUGACAAACUCACUGAAAUUUUGCACACAUUCAAAAAAUCUCCAUGGUGGAAUAUUAUGACGCCUUAUUUUGUGAUCAGUAGAUCAAAAAAUGGUUGCAGUGAUGCACAAACUACUCUACAAACAGUUUGGAAAAUGAAUAUUCUCAAUUGUUACUUUGUUUGUCUCGACUUAGAACAGAAACCGUUCAUUUACACUUUCAACCCGUACUCAAAGUAUGCAUCCGAUCAAUGGAAAUUCGUCGAAGAGCUCAAAAAUGGAUCUCAUUACAUGGCAAUUUUCAACCGACCCUACAAAAAAGAAAAUAUCUGCGAGGGUUUCAAUUUCGAUCGGACCAAACAUCUCGACAAAACGACAAUAAAUAUCGUUUGCUGCGUUCACGAUUCCAAAAGCCACUUGAUAAACGCAGUUGAAAACAAAAGCCAAUUAUUUAAUUUUUCAAAUUACGAUUAUUACCUGAUCCAUUCAUUAAAAGUUGCGCUUAACGUUUCGCUCAAAUUUGAUUAUGAACUCGCGGUCUACGACGCUGAUCUAGAGCCACGCGGUAUUUUCAAAAAACUGCUAGAUGGGUCAUCAGACUUUGCAAUGUGUCCACGGACACACUUUACUAUUCACAACUUAUCCGCGAGUUAUCCGAUCCUUUAUUCUGGAUUCUCUAUUCUCUCGCAAAAUCGCGGGUUUCGUUCGCCUCUUGAAAAAAUGUACGAUUACUACGGAGUUUUGAUGAUAUCAGCAACACUUAUAUUUUCACUUAUGACGUAUAUCGUAAUUUGGUACGUGAAUAAACGGCGCGGUCACGCAUCCGCGGUUUUUGAAAUUCUUCGCUUGUGGACAAAUAAUUCAGUUUACACUAGAAUUGAUUCCUUCGUAAUGCGGUUGUUCUUUUCCAUGAUCUUUCUUUACUUUCUAAUCCUCCAAGCGACUUUUCAAGGACACUUGGCUGAAUUUCUAACGAAACCCGAAUUACGACACAAUGCUGAGUCUUUAAGUGACUUGCACGAUUCAUUUUACACAAGAAUUUACACAACGGAUUCAGGAAAAUCGGUGAUCAAGGGCGACGAUUUCGUAGAAUCAAAAACUGAAAUUACGGAUGUUUAUACCUGCGUUAACGCAGUGAUUAAUGAUAAAUCGAGUGUUUGUAUCGAGGAUUAUUCUUUACUUCUGAUAGUAUUAGAUAUAGUUGAGUCUUCACGGAAUAUUGAUAAGACCAAAAAAAUUUAUCACUUGUCAAAAAAAUUUUUGAGAAAUAGCUUGUCUGUACUGGCAGUUCGUCAUGAUUGGCCGCUUAAAAAUCGAUUUGACACCUUUUUGAUGUCACUCGAACACACUGGGCUCGCAAAAAGACGAACUAAUAUAAUUUUUACUCGUUUUGAAGAAAUGUUUUUAAUUGUUGCACCGUAUUUCACUUGGCUGCCCAUUGAUUUAGACGCGUUGAUGUUCAUUUUUCAUUUGCUAAUAAUGGGAAUAAUUUCUGGUAUCUUCAUAUUUAUUUUAGAAAGAUUUAAAGUAGAGACAAUAAUACAAGUCAAUGAAAAUCAAAGAGAAGACAGAAUAAUUAGAAAAAUAAGUAAGAAACGGAAUAAAAAAACCAAAAAUAGAAAACGAAAAUUUAAUAAUCGCGUUUAAUUUUAGUGGCGAUUUGAAUUUAUUUAUAAGUCGACUGUUUAAAUUAUUUAUUUAUUUAUUAUUCGAUCAUGGAGCUAUGCUCCUUGUGAUCAAGACCAAAAAAUUACAUCGAUGUUACAAUUAGGUUAAGUACAAAAUACAGAACAUGAUAAUUAUACCCUCAUUUCAAAAUUAAGAUAUUUGAAUUACGAGUUUAAUAUAAAUUUGUGAAUUUUAUAGUUCAUUUAACUGACACGCGAUUAUUUGCCACAGAUUUAAAUUUAUUUUAGCACACGGAAAAAAAUGAACUAUAUAAAUUGAGAAUGACAAGUAAUAUUAUGACAAAGUGAACAGUAAAUACCAUCAUUCUAAAUAGUAAUUCUGUCAUUUAUGAUUAAAACGUGAAAAAUUACGGGAUAAGUAUGAAAAUUUAUUGUUUAUGUAAGAAAAAUUACUAUUUGAACUUUAAAAAUCGUAAUUACAGUUAACUGAUACUUAGAAAAUAGACGACACGUAUUAUAAAAUUUACUAUUUGAAUGUUAAAAUUCCCCAUAUUGAUAACCGGGCUCCAGGUUAUAAUUUCAAAUAGUAAUUUUUAAAGUUUAUUUUUUUCCGUGCACACAUUGUCACACACGGUAAGAAAUAUUUUGUCAGUAAGGGCUCGAACGCCAUACUGUAUGGUAUCGGCGAUUUUUUAGGUUGUAAAAUUGUAUGCAUAGAUGAUUCGACCAUUGCGGGAAUAGUAACAUUCGCUAUAGUUGUCGCGGAUGCCGCAAUGUCAGUUUGGCCGUCAGGCCCAUACUGCGUUGCCAUAUCCACAAUGCUUCUGGCAGAUAAGCCUAGUCUAACUGCAUCUAUAUAGUUUUGGCGGUAAUACGAUAGUAUACAUUGAUUGACACGCCAGAAAUUAUGGCGGGAAAAACUAGUAGCAUUGUGCCCCGGCAUUGUAGUAUGGGUCUCAGGACCAUGCGGUUUCGCAGUGCCUGCUAUGCAUACGUGUGAGCAAUACAAUAGCUCCAGUACUAUACAGUAUAGUAAAUAACGCUGUUUUUCUGGGACUCGUUACAAUACUGUCUUGGAAUAUUUCAGAUACUAUUUUAGUAUCUGUCUUGAGACCAUACCAGCAUGGUGUUGAACGCCAUGCAUUUCUUACCACCAUGAUUAAACAACUGAAUUCAAUCAAAUUAAACAGAAUUAAAUUUUUAAUUCAGACAAAUUCUGUUAAUUCGGUGCAUAACUUAAAAAUGAAUUCUGUCUUAUUCGGCAGGAAAACCAGAAUUUGUCAAAAUUAAAAUGAAUUUAAAUAAUUCUAUUCGGUUUAAUUCUGAUUAAUUAGAAAAUAAUUCUCCAAUAUCUGGUUCUG